AAGACAUGGGACCUCUAUUGCGUGCUAGGAUUCAUCUGUCCCUACGCCUUAUGGUGUGGCCUUGGAGCUUGGGAGUAGCCGUCGGAAUAUUUCGAAGACGCAUGGAAGAUUUAGAUGGAAGCUUUUGCCCACAGACACUAUCCAACGAACACCGAGCAUUGACGCCCUACUGCAGGCUCGAGACGGAGACCUGCUCUUUUCAUAUUAAUGCCAGCAACCACCGAAUAUAUCCCCGAACUACACGACCCUGCCGUGUCCAAAUUUGACUAUAGAAUAAACCUGCUGGACUAGCCCUCCCGUUAAAUUACCUAGUGAAUUGGAUUCGGCGACUCCUCAUGUCCAUGCCCACGGUGAACAGAUCUACUAGAUAAAGAGCACCCUUGUAGCCCCUCCAGAGUCUAGACGGGACUGAUCAGAAUGACCAUAGAAGAGAUCACGUUUCUAUCGAUCGGCGUGGGAGCAUAAGGGCAUAAAUGAGUCUCUUCAAGUACAGUAAUCAAAUAACCUUUCCUCCUACGGUAAGGGUUUGAAUCCUCGGGGGAACUCCCGUUACUACAUCUCAAACUGGUCGGAAUACGGAAGUCUAAGUUGAAUUCCACUAUUGAUGUUGCAACAUGCUGUAAAAUAAUAUAGUAUUGAGUAAUGAGGGGCAGAUGUGUUUUCACUCACGACUACGGACUGAAAUACUUUCCUUCGGACAGCCAAAACUCUCAGCAGCAUUUAGUCGCAAGACAGAUAAGCUAUAUAGCAGACCAAGAGCGCAAACGAAGAGACCUUAGAUCACAUCGUGAGUCUAGUAUAGUAGUAGUGUCUUCCAAGUAGAAGGUCGCAAAGCAUCAGCCAACCCCCACGCUGGCCGAGAAGGGCAGGCAUUAUUGCCCCCAAAAAUCCUCGAAGUCUCCUUUCUCCUUUCUCCUUUCUCCUAUGACGAACGAAAAUAGUCGUCAAACCAUUGUCAUCUGCCCGAUCCUGCGACACUUGACACACAAGAUUGGGGAGGGUGAACUCUUACAGUUCUAAGACUUGUUGCUCCCAACUGGCCUCCCGCAGCUCCACGUGGGAGUGCCUCUGCGAUCCUACGAGAUAGUAUAUGCGAUUAACUACGCAUCGCAUCGGUUGUACUUGUACGUACUCGUGCACGUCAGCCUCUGACUUCUGGACUGUGUAGCACAGUCAGAUCAGGUCGUGGAACGUGGAAUGGUUCGGGUCGAGGCGACGGGAACUGCAGAACUAUCCUUUCAACGCAUCGGCAGCGCAAGUGAUAUAUCAAGAUGCACGCUAACCCCGACGAAACCUGAAAGGGUCAGCCGCGAGUUCUCGUCUUAUGAACUCAACGGCAUGGUUUUGACCUUAUCUAUCAGCUAGCACCGAGGACAUUACUUCCAUGUGCUUAAAUUAACAUAAUCCCGUUGGGGUAUACUUGUCAGGUUAGAGAGCAUCUUAUUACAAGAUGUGAUUCUCUGCUGGUUUGCCUACCCGGACGGAUUUGUUUACUCGUCCACUUGCUCAAUCACUCAUCGUGAACGGCCCCGUAUUGUUUGCGACAGCCGGAAGGGAGAGCUACCCUCGAAAUACGAACAAGCAACUUCAAAUGCAGAAAUCUGGAACUUAUGAUGCCACGAAAUUGUCUUCCCCAGGUGGGGCUUGACAGAUAUUUCGGGCACGUAAUGUCAACCUCGAGGGAAAAGUUUUAUAUGUCGCUUAGUACAAGGAGUAAGAUAAUAGGUAGGUAUUCUUACGUUAGAUGUUCUAGUACCUAGUAUCUAAGUCGUAUUAUCGUGGGCACAAACCGAGGUAUAAAAUGCGGCACGAAGCACACACGAAUGAUCUUCAGGGGGUGAGAUCGAUGGAUGCGGCAAGAUAGCGAACAGACUGCCGUCUUUGCUUGUGCCUCAAAAUGCCCGUCACUCUCCCAGAUCAUUGGGACGCCAAUCAUUAAAGAAUUUUCCCUCGCCCCUGUUUCCGAAGCAUUAAAGGGCUAUUAUCGUCCCUGUCUCAUAUUUGUCUAGUAUGUUAUUCCUAAGCAAUAACCUUGAAGGUAUCAUUUAUGAUGAAAUAUGAGACCCGGGAAUCGCGUCAAGUGGAUCACUAGGCUUACUUGGGCCUGAUGAUCGAUGUAGGUUAGCACACGUGGAGAUCACCGGAAGAGUCCCGCGAACCCCAGAACCUCGCCUUUUCUACAUAGUAGUUUCGACUAUUCCGAUUCUUGCUCUAGGUAGCGUAUAAGACGCAUUAUUAUGAGAGUCCAAGGAUCAUGGGUUUGUGUGCAUAUCAUUCGGUUCCAACUACCCCGUAUUCCUUUAUCAAUCAGGUCAGCAGAUCUCUGGAUAAUGCAGUGUUGCUAUUAACGGCACCAGCCGCAUUUUAUAACUUCAUGUUUACAUGAGCGGGAGCUAAUCAAGACGUCGAAGUGCGGAAGAUCUGCUGUACUCCAGAAUCAAGUGAAGAUGCACCUCAGGUAGACUAUUUCAUUCCGGUGCCUUAGUGUUGUAGAUGUGGAUAGUUGGGAGGUAGGUAUAUAACUCCACUCAUGUUCCUAGUGUGUCAAACCUGUUACCCGUCUCGUUUCUGCUACACUAGAACAGCCGAUGCCGUCUAGAAAUGCUAAGACGCCAACACAAUGGUCAACUACCUCUCGGCUAUCGUUAGUAUUUAUUCUCGAAGCCGGGUUUCCAAUCCUAUUUAUUCCCAGGGGUCGAGGUCGAGUGUAACGUCGGAGCUUCUGCUAGAAAAUUUUGUUGACUUGUGUAUUUUGGUAGGCCAUAAGUGCUCAUUAAUGUGUUAGAUGGUUCGGUUAUUUGCGAAGUAUGGAUUUAUUAAAGAACGAAGCUGUCUUCUAUACCUCCGCUAUCCAGACAUGAUGUGCUCAAUAGGCCUCUCGUGGACUGCCACGCGAUCAAGACGAACGGAGUAGGUUUCCGUCUCGAAGCCUUAGAGGGGCUUCGCACUUGUCCCGUGAUGUCGAGGGUAUCCAGCAUCGGGGAACCUCCCAGCGCCGUGGGGCUUGUGGGCCAACGGACUUCCGGCUUUACAGGAAUUCGCAAGGGCUGCCGUCUUGUUAAGGUAAUUUACGGGGAAUUUCUGCAACUUACAUAAAUUUGUUGACGAAAAGGGGAAGUAUUGUUUAGAGUGACACCGGCCAUUGCCGAGAUAAGAGGGUUUCUUACUUACAACGUUAAAAUGGCCAAAAAUAAAUAUUGAUACUAUCAAUACUAAGCUGAAUACAACUAGGCUUAUGAAGUUGUAGG